CUUCCUUGAUCGUCUUCCUCGAUCGCUUCCUUUUCUGACCAUGCAUAAGAGUAACGCCAACACGUACUACGAUAGGCAAUCCUUCCCGGAUCUGGUGGCAAACUUGGCGGUGGAAAAUACCAAGAUGUACAAUAUGCGGCAUUCGUACAGCAACGGUCAGGGUGGAGGGUAUAAUAUGAAGUAUUAUAAUUAUUAUCAGCAAUCCACACCCUAUGUGCCGCAAAUGUACGGCAACUGCUUUCCGAAGCAGCGCUACGCCCCGUAUCCAAAUCAUCAAUUCGGUGGAAAUAUCAACAUGGGUCCUAGCAACUACACAGUAGGAACAAAUCAUAGUAACCUGCCACAGCCGCUGCUGGCUCCACAUUCACAGCAACAGUCGCAGCAUCCAUCGUUACCAUUUCAAUCAGCAAGCACCAGCGCCAGUAGCAGCAACACCAGCAGUAGCGUCUGUCAACUGCCGGUUAAUAAGUCAUUGAACUCUUCGCUCAACAGUAGCAGCUAUUCCGACUCGGGUAAGAAUUCCACGUUCUUCAGCAGCAACCAGAGUGGAUGCAGUAGUCCGCACCAGAGCAACUACUCCACCGACAGUGGUAGCAUGGCAAGCAGCACAAGCAACAGUAGCCUCGGAACGUGUUCCGGAUCGUCAGGUUUGUCGGUAUCACCGAUCGCAGCGCAAGAUCAAGCAGGACCACCACCACCACCAACGCCUUCCGUGCAGCCACUGCUGCCCUCAAUAGUAUUGCCGGGGGGAGGGGGUCCAGGAUCGGGGAUCGAACCACCCGACCAGAAGGAGAUGGUGGUGCUGCAAAUUAGCAACCUGGAUUCGACUAUCGAAGAGCAUAAAAUGCACCAAUUUUUAAUGUGUCAGCUAAAACCCAUUACGCCGGUUAUUUCGCUGACGAUUGAGAGUCCUUCGCUGGCGAAGGUGAAAGUUCCCACGGCACAGUGUGCCAAGCAAGUAGUUGCUAAUCUGCAUCGAAAGAAGAUCGGUCACAAGCGUAUGGUCGUGUCGUACAUUAAGGAUCCCUCCUCGGCCGAAUGCUCAGCACUCCGGUGCCAGGUGGCCGGCUUGCUUAAGGAUGUCCCCUUCUGCAGUCUACCCAUUAAUCGUUUCCGAGAGCUGUUUCAAUCACGCUUCAAAUCGUCGAUAAGCGUACUGGAUCUUUACCGUAUGCCGGAUGUGUGCACAAUUACGCUUGACAAGAACGAAGAGAAGCAUAUCUCCCUGCAACCGGCAAUGAUCGACUCGUUGAAGAGCAGCUCACUGGUGGAGACGUCGCACCAUAGCGUACCGUACUGUAUGCAGCAUUUUAAGCAGGAGAAAGAUAAAGGCUGGGCAGAGCAGGAGAUUGAACCGCUGCCGAACGUUAUGAUGUCGAUCAAUCAGCUACAGGCGAUCGUGUAUUCUUUGUUAAAGUCACACAAAAAUGAUAUACCUGUUGCAAGCAUUCUGUACUGCAUCGAGCACGAGAUGCGGGUAAAGAUACUCCCGGAUGAUAAUGGGGUGCCGUUGGAACAUUUGCUGUGCUGCAUCCGAGGUGUCCAAAUAGCGAACAACCGCUACGGAAUAAAGGUACUUUCGUGGAUGGAGCACGAACAAAACUCGACCAAGGAUAACGAUGAUGCUUGGUCCGUCAAUUUGCGCUACAUGCCUAAGAGUCCUUGCAACGAAUUUCUGCAGCAAAUUUCUCGCGAAGUAGUCGAGCUGAUUAAGAUGUCGCCGAAAUCGACCAUGAAAUUUACCCGCUUUAUACCUGCCUAUCAUAAUCAUUUUGGGAAACAGUGUCGCGUUGCAGAUUACGGUUACACGCGACUAAUCGAACUGUUCGAAGCACUAUCGCCUGUUGUACAAGUGAUGGGAGAUGGCGAAAAUCGUCACAUAACACUAACCCACCGCACCCAGAUCCGUCGGUUCACAAACGAUCUGCUCAAGAUUUUGCGUAACCGGACAAAUAAAUCGAUUCUUUUGUCACAGCUGUCAAUGGUAUUUGCGCAUGUACAGAAUCGCCCAUUCGAUGUUACCGAUUACGGUGUGUGCAAUAUUUUCGACAUGGUGGAUGGGCUUAUGUACAGUAAUGCCAUCACAACAAAAUUGCUAAGCGAUAGCGAUGUGAUGAUUUCGAUCGUGAAGCGCAAACAAACACUCACCGAGCUGGACAAGACGAGCGUUUUUGCUGGCGAAGUAGUGGAGCUGUUCCGGAAGGCACCUCAGUUUUCGAUCCUGUUCAAGAAGUUUGUCCGGUCGUACCAUUACCACUUUGGAUAUCAAUGUCGGUUAAGUGAUUAUGGACUGUUGAAGCUGGCGGAUCUGCUCGAAGCCAUCACUGGAAUUGUGGAGAUGGAACAAACCAAUGAUGAGGAUCGCAAGAUCUAUCUCAACUAUCAGGUAGCACUUCGAAUCUUUGCCGAGCAGGUGCAGGAAAUAAUCAAGGCAUACACCGGAAAACUGUGCUCCGUCGUACGACUGAGCACUAUUCUGCACAUCCACAAGAACCAGUACGGAUAUCAACUGCAGCCAAGCUGUCUGGGAUUUAGCAACAUGUACGAUGCGAUAAAGGCUCUACCGUACACGGAAGUAUUCGAAUCAGGCGGCGAGUACAUGGUGAUCUCACAUUUAGAAGAUCCUGCGUUCCGGAUGCACACGUACGCAGUCUGUAUGGUGUUGAUGGAGUUUCGUAAAGCUCAUGUGUCGUUGUCGGAACUUAUGCGAAGUUAUCACUUGCGGUUUAACGAGUUCCUGAACGAGAAAAACAUUUGCAGUAUGAAGCAUGCGUUGACGAUCGAAAUGGAUAAGGGCUUACAUUCCGUAACGUUGACGGCGUUGAUGAAGUUUGUCAUGCGAAUGGUACAAGUGGUCAAACAACGCACAUCGAUCAGUGUGUAUGACCUGAAGCUGGCAAUGAAUGUAUCGCUGGGAACGUGCUUCGAAUUCGGAUAUCCUAAUCUGGUAACGGUGCUGAAUGCAUUUUCCGAUGUGUUUGUGGCGGUCGGCAAUUGUUCUGUUAUUAGUGAUAAAAGUGACAUAGAACUUAAUCGCGACUGUAUUUUAUCCAAGGCAUGGUAUGGCUCUCAAGAUAGUUCGUCCCUAAAGGGUCCUACAUCGCAGGUGAAUUUGGGACAAACUGGCAAUCUUGCAGCCAACGAUAGCAGCCGAUUUCAAUGUGCUCCGGCUCCUGCCGGAGGAGGAGGAUGUUAUUCUAAAGAUGUCUCGGCACCAUUCCGGAACACAUCCAAUCCUCAGUAUCACCGCCAAUCUCUCGGGUCGGAACACGCUACGCCUCUGUUUAAAUGUUUGCAGCAACCUCAGGGUCCACAGCCAUUGCAAGCAACAUCCCAAGCGUCUUCCAAUACGUACUUCCCGAACAAUCGCGUUCAGAAUGUACUGAUGCCCAAUAACUAUGGUCCCCGCAAUAACGGCUCUAACGCUUCAACGUUGUUUCCUCCAAUGGCUCAAGGACCUUCAAUUGAACCACAAAAGUCUGAUGGAUUCGGUGUUCCUGUGGAUAAGGAAAAUAUUCGACCAGCGCAAAAUCGUUUUGUUGGAGUCCAGGAUUUAAUGAGCUCAACAAACUACGGUAAUCAGUUUCGUUCAAACUUUCCUCAAGAUCAGUUGUCAUCGGACGUUUUCCAGUUUGGCUGUCAGCCUAAAUCCGUAAUGGGAAGUAAAGGGCUGUUGGAGCAUUCAACGGGUCAGUUGCUGCUAUCGAAUCGGCCCUCUCAGCAGCAGAAGUCUGUUGUUGGUUGGAGGAAUGACGGAAACAUAAAGGAAUCAUUUGACUACUGGAACACCGUUAAGGAUGUGGUAUCUGCCUGCUGGGAACCACCGAAACCGGAUACACCAACGGAAUUGAAUCUUCCCUUCUGGCUGGAUCCUAUCUGGAGCGAUUCUUUACAAGGUCUGGACCGCAAUACUUUGUUUUCUGAUUCCCCUGAAAUUCUUAACAUUCCUAUACCGGAGCUGAAAACAAUUAACAAUCUACCGCCCCUUAACACGCCGCUGGAGAUGCUCUCCGAACAAUUAUCGAAAUUUCCUUUUGAUCUAGAUAAAUAA